UGAAGCACUUGGAAAGGAGGCAGAGCUUGGAGGAGGCUGCAGAAGCCAACUGGGCCUAAUAACGAGCAGGACUUUCCUGAGUCUUCAGGGGCCUCCUUGAGUCUGCAGCAGGGUGCAAGAGGACGGUGCUGCCUGAAGGAUUGCACCUGUUCUUACACACACACCGUACCAGCCUGAAGGACUCUGGGCUGCUGCAUGCUUUGGCUAAAGAGCAAGCUGUCCUGCCAGCUCUUUGACCUUGGGGAGCAGUGUGGACCUCCCACAGACCCUUACCUUGCUCCUAUGUAGUGCCAGGUCUGUCCAGAAUAAGUCGGAAACCAUCCAUGAUCUGAUUCUGGAUGAAGGGGAAGACCUGGUAAAUGUUGGGAGAGGAAGAAUGAUAGAAACCCAAUGGAUGGAGCUGCUAGAAGGGAAAAAAGGAAACAAGAGAAACUAAAACCUGGAGAAAACUGGGAGAACAGGAACGAAUCCAAUGCUUUUCAGUAUGUAAUCCAGCAAAUAAUACAGCAAGCAGGAGAAAGAAGCCUGUGUCCUCUGUGUAGGAAAAGCUCCUCUACUGAACCCAGCUUUCAAUCUUAGAAGGAAAUGAACGCAAGGAAGAAACCACAUAAAUGCCUGGAAUGUGGAAAGAGCUUCAGCACUAGUGGAGAAUUUACUAUACACCACAGAACCCACACUGGGGAAAAACCACAUAAAUGCUUGGAGUGUGGAAAGAGCUUCAGCCAGAGAGCACAUCUUAUUGUACACCAUAGAACCCACACUGGGGAGAAACCACAUAAAUGCUUGGAGUGUGGAAAGAGCUUCAGCCAGAGAGCACAUCUUAUUGUACACCAUAGAACCCACACUGGGGAGAAACCACAUAAAUGCAUGGAAUGUGGAAAGAGCUUUAGCACGAGUGGAGAACUUACUAUACACCACAGAACCCACACUGGAGAAAAACCACAUAAAUGCCUAGAGUGUGGAAAGAGCUUCAGCACAAGUAGAAAACUUACUAUACACCACAGAACCCACACUGGAGAAAAACCACAUAAAUGCUUGGAGUGUGGAAAGAACUUCAGCACAAGUUCACGUCUUAUUGUACACCACAGAACGCACACUGGGGAAAAGCCACAUAAAUGCCUAGAGUGUGGAAAGAGCUUCAGCCAGAGAGCACAUCUUAUUGUACACCAUAGAACCCACACUGGGGAGAAACCACAUAACUGCCUGGAGUGUGGAAAGAGCUUCAGCACGAGAUCACAACUUACUGUACACCAUCGAACCCACACUGGGGAGAAAACACAUAAAUGCCUGGAAUGUGGAAAGAGCUUCAACACGAGUGGCGAAUUUACUAUACACCACAGAACUCACACUGGGGAAAAACCACAUAAAUGCUUGGAGUGUGGAAAGAGCUUCAGCAAGAGAGCACAUCUUAUUGUACACCAUAGAACCCACACUGGGGAGAAACCACAUAAAUGCAUGGAGUGUGGAAAGAGCUUCAGCCAGAGAGCACAUCUUAUUGUACACUAUAGAACCCACACUGGGGAGAAGCCACAUAAAUGCUUGGAGUGUGGAAAGAGCUUCAGCACGAGUGGAGAACUUACUGUACACCACAGAACCCACACUGGGGAGAAACCACAUAAAUGCCUGGAGUGUGGAAAGAGCUUCAGCACAAGUAAAAAACUUACUAUACACCACAGAACUCACACUGGAGAAAAACCACAUAAAUGCUUGGAGUGUGGAAAGAGCUUCAGCAGGAGAGCACAUCUUAUUGUACACCACAGAACCCACACUGGAGAGAAACCACAUAGAUGUCCACAGUGUGGAAAGAGCUUCAGCACGAGUGGAGAACUUUCUGUACACCACAGAACCCACACUGGGGAGAAACCACAUAAAUGCCUGGAGUGUGGAAAGAGCUUCAGCCAGAGAUCACAUGUUAUUGUACACCAUAGAAUCCACACUGGGGAGAAACCACAUAAAUGCCUGGAGUGUGGAAAGAGCUUCAGCACGAGACCACAACUUACUGUACACUAUAGAACCCACACUGGGGAGAAACCACAUAAAUGCUUGGAGUGUGGAAAGAGCUUCAGCCAGAGAGCACAUCUUAUUGUACACCAUAGAAACCACACUGGGGAGAAGCCACAUAAAUGCCCAUAUUGUGGACAGAGCUUCAGCACGAGUGGAGAACUUUCUGUACACCACAGAACCCACACUGGGGAGAAACCACAUAAAUGCCUAGAGUGUGGAAAGCGCUUCAGGCAGAGAGCACAUCUUAGUGUACACCAUAGAACCCACACUGGGGAGAAAACCCAUAAAUGCCUGGAAUGUGGAAAGAGCUUCAGCACGAGUGGAGAAUUUACUAUACACCACAGAACCCACACUGGGGAGAAACCACAUAAAUGCCUGGAGUGUGGAAAGAGCUUCAGCCGGAUUGGAAAUCUGCAAACACACCAUAGAACCCACACUGGGGAGAAACCACAUACAUGCUUGGAGUGUGGAAAAUGCUUCAGCCAGAGAGCACAUCUUACUGUACACCAUAGAACCCACUAGGGAUGUUCAUGAACCAGUCCAGAGGCCAUUCUAAAGGUGGUGCUUCAAAGGUGGUGCUGGCUCAAAGGUUCAGCUCUGGUGUUGUUGUGGUUCUUUAAGUGCAGUGAAGGGUGCACUUACCCCUCCCUCCACUUUCCCCCAUUCUGGUGCUCCAUUUUUAGCAAAAACACAUGGAGCAGCAGUGUUCCUCCCUGCUGCCCCUUUCCUCAUUCUUGGCUGGAAAUGCCCGGAAGUAGCGCAUGGGCCCAUCACGAUGUGCGCUCAGUAUGUACAUGCUAUGGGUGCACACGCAGGGGCUUUUCCCGGCCAAGAACAGGGGAAGGGGCGGCAGGAAGGGGCGGUCCCAUGGGU